AAAGGUAGCUUUCAACAUCGACUUAACUUCACUUCACCAAUAGAUCUACUGCCGAUCUCACCAAGAGCAUUCCAUCUCGCCUGGAUGCUCUGCGACGAAAACUCAAGCUGUAGCAACCGACCGGUUUGACCUUUGGCAGUGGAGGGGGAGCAGCUUCUUUUCGAUGCGGCUCUGCCGCCCCGGCCUUCACCAUGGGAAAGAUUACGAAGAUCAUUCAACCUAAGCACAAGGAGAGCUUGACUCCUUGGCUUCAGGAAUUCGUCGAGACCGCAACCAACACACCCUUGCCGCUCCUGCCUAAGUUCCUCGCCACUUUCCCGUCACGAUGGCCCUUCCCCAGAGGAGAUCUAUACCACUGGAUUUCUCUGUUGAACCGAUUUGACUCGACGUUUGAAGCAUUCUGCUCUACCUACAAGCUCAAUGAAGCGCCGCAGAUGCGAGAUUAUGGAUGCGACGUACUGCUGAGCUCCAGUGACCAGCAAUGGGACAUGACCAAGCUCUCAGAGUUGGGCUACAGUGACGAUGGCGAUAGUUUUUUGGUCGCGGAACUCUUGAAGUUCACUCGGAUGUUAUUGGAGCAUUGCGGCAACCGCAGCAUCUAUGCCAGCAGCUCGCAUCUGAACGACCUCCUGCACAGCACUGAUUACAACAUCGUCUGUGCCGCCUUGCAAGUUGGAUCGGAGCUUGCGAAACGCUACCAAGCUUCAUUAAAGCGCCUAGGAAUGGCGACCCGCCAGUUCCACACAGCUCUGCUAUCGAACCAUUACAAUAUCGACCUUGACCGUGUACAGCAGUUGGCACAGCCGUUCGUAAAGACCCCUAUCGUGAAGCCCGCGGACCCGUUACCACUGGCUACACCGAUAGCCUCUGCUAAGAGCAAGGAGAAGGGAAAUCAUAGUGGUUCGAAACACGCUGCUGUAACGAAUGCGAACGACCUCUGCGCAAUCGCAAAGUCCGGUAUUUCGGAUGCUCGAUGGAAUGGAUGGGGCGAUAUCAAGGUCUCAUACUACCCUACUCCUGGAAGUGCCUCGCAGUCUUCAGAGCGACAGACACAUCCCGAUCGCGGUGCCUCUUCUGUGCCCUCAACCCCUACCCCCUUGAGGCGCAGCAAUACCACCAGUGCCCCGCAAUCUACGCCUCGCGCUGGGCGGCAGACCGUCUCGGACGACAGCCCAUCUCCCAGUGCUCGUUCUCCCGCUGUGGGGAACAAUGAAGGUAGUACACCCGGCCAAAAGUCGCUGGAGAUUCCCCAUUCUGUCGUCGUGACGACGCCGAUAUACAAACUUAUUGAGCGGAUACCAUCUGAUGCGCCGAAGGAGACUAAAUACGAAGUUCUCAAUCGGCUCCGGGUUGCCAAGGCCCUCACAGGAUCGGUAGAGUUCCGACAGAAAGCGUUGAAGGCCCGUUUGCUCGCCAUCCAGAAUUUGGCGUACAUUCACAUUGAGCCUACGUUUGUCGAGAAAGUCCUUAGGCAGGAUCACGAUGAACCCCGUCGAUUCCAGCUUGUCUACCAACUCGCCGAGUUGAUACACCCUGCGGCAGAUGGCACCGCCGGUGUCCCUCUUGAUCUACAGGCAACCGUGCUGUCAUUGUUGCAGGCCAUGACAAAUUUUCAUACCAAGCUUUCAGACAUCUUCUCGGCACUCAAUGCGACCGUCAACCAUGGUGUUCUGCUUUACGUCAUACGAAAGGCAGUCGCUGAGAUGAAGGAAGAUGACAAUGGCAACCAAUGGACCGAUGCGGAUGAGUGGCGCGAAAACCUCUUCCAACUUACGCUCCACAUCACAAUGGCCAUGACGAGCAACUCGUCGCGAGCUACGCCGGAGAUCAUUUCGGCAGGGUUGCUGGACAUCAUGGUCGAGAUCCUUACCAUCAGGUCUAAUGUCGCCGAACGGACAUUCCCAACGCUGCUUACGUUCUUGGACAAUCUCGUCUUCAACGUGCAAACCUCGUUCCAGACCCUCAUCAAUGCUAACGGUCUCGAUGCUAUUACGGAUUUGAUCACGCAUGAAGUCGACCUAGGCCGCAAGCUAGCUCGGGAAGGGCGUGGAACUGCGUCAAACUGCCGAUCAGUUGUUGUCGACUACGAGAUUCCGUUCUACCAGCAACAGAAUCUUAAGUGGCUUCUGAAGUUCAUCCAUCACUUGAUGUCCGGUGCAUUUGCUUACGGCGGAAAUACCGACCGGCUGUUGAGAAACCUGGUCGACAAGUCGGCUCUCCUGCACAGCCUCCGUCACAUCAUCCAGAAUGUCCGCGAAUUCGGCUCACUUGUGUGGACGCACGCUGUUAGCAUUCUGUCCGAUUUCCUAAACAAUGACCCUACGAGCUUUGCGGCGAUCUCCGAGGCUGGGUUGGUGCAAAGCUUUCUGGAGUCUGUAACAGGUCGAUCUGUGAUACUUGAUCAAGCUGCCGCAUCACAAUCUGGCCAGUUUGAAGGAAACGGCGGCGAUUCUGAUUCGCUAGAGGACCCCCCUACUCCGUCUGUUCUUGAAGCUGAUAAUCGGCCGCAUCCUCCAACCCAAGAGAUGCUGGAUGUCGUUCGCACCGAGCCUUUGGCCCGCGGCAUCGUCCCUUCAUCGGAUGCAAUGAACAUUGUGCCUAACGUGCUGAAUGCCAUCUCGUUGAACAACCAAGGCAUGAAGAUGGUAGUAGCGUCGAGAGCUUUUGACAGUUUCUUUGAAACUUUCGAAAGUCCAGAGCAUGUUAGAACCAUGGAGAACGAUGAUCAACUUGCGAUCAACAUUGGAGGUCACUUCGACGAACUUGCACGGCAUCAUCCUGCGUUGAGACCUGCGAUUUCUAAUGCCGUGUUGGAUAUGAUUGCCCGGGUAACUCAUCUUGGUCGAGUCAAGGCCCGCGACUCAGGCUGGGGGGCCAAGCUGUUGAUCACGCAUGCCAAUGGCAAAGAAUUGUCAGCUGACCCAACCUUGUUGACCGGCGACCGUGUCGAAGCUUCUGAGCAUGGCAAAGGCAAGGCCGCGGCUACUUCCGAAGACAUGGAUCUAGAUAUGGUUGACACUGCGAGUCCACAGGCUUCGAAGCUGGACACCAAUAUCGAUGUGUCGUCGCCAUAUAAAUCAAUUACUCCUUACAUCUUCGCCGUGGCAACCUUUUUGUCGAACUAUGUUCCCAAUUCACAACUCAAACAGCCGUUGAUCAAUCAAGGUGCCAUCGAAUACCUUUUGGACCUGUGCACCUCCCCUAGUCUUCCACAUGACUUUGGGGACACGCAGGCAGCUAAAAGCCUGCAGAGCGUCAUCUCCCAGCUCGUAGAGAGUUCCCCAAUUGUUGGUCUGCCAUCCUUGAUCAAGCGAACGCAAGAGGCGAUCGACGUUCUGCAGCCCGUCAUCGAUACGCCGAUUUUUGAGCCUUAUUUCGACUCUUUCGUGAAAGCCGACCUGCAGGUUGCUGAAGAUGUACCCCUAGAAAAACUCAACAAGCUAGCUAAGGGAACACCUGUGGUGAAGGCUCUUUUGAACGCCCAAUCUCUCAUCAGAGCCCUAUACCAGUGCUUUCCCUACUCGAACCGAGCACAAGUGGUGACACUACACCAGGUUAAUGUGUUUGACUACUAUGAACAAUUGGUAAAAUCUCUAGGCCCUCUGUUGCGCAUGGUCAUCUCCCAGGAAACCGCGGUCCAGAGCAGUGUUCCUACAAGCUGGACUAAAAAGGAGACACCCUCACCGGAUCGGCGUGGUAGCAGCGCAGGCACUCGUGCCCGUACUGCUAGUGGCGAUGAUGAUGACACCAGCCUGCCGGAUGUGCUCUCUUCCGCAGUUAUGAUCAAGUCUAUUGAGAAGGUUGAGGGUCGCACAGAAGGACCACCAUCAAAGAGUGAGCUGUCGAGCCCGCGAUUCCGGAAUUUCCAGACACUCCGAGUUUUGCUUCACUCUUUGAUGCCUACAACAUUCCCGCUUCUCCAAACCCUUGGCAAGACCUUGCUCUCUCGCCGCGGAGAACGGGACAAUUAUUGCAGAUCACACCAUGUGAAACUGGCGGAAGGUUUGGCGGACACGAUCCUAUCCCAACUACAAUUGCCUAGCAACCCCAAGUCGACUGCCCAGUUCAACUAUUGGAUAAUCAUGCUACAUACGGUGCAUGAGAUGCUGCUUGAUCGCAAGUAUGACGGCCGACACUCUGACCGACAAGGAACUCAGGUUAUUUCACCGGUUUUGGAAGCAUUCAAGCAAAAGGGUGGUUUGGAAGUGCUCAACUCGAUGCUGAGAAUAUUCUCGAGUGAGAUUUGCAAGGAGCACGCUGACGGGGAAGACAGCUCUCUGUCACGCUUGGCUGUAAUUGCCAUGAAGAAAAUCCUCGAGCUAUACGCCGUCAUGGUUAACGGAAAGGUCGUGCACGAUUCACUUGGGAAUAUCACUAUCUUUCCACGGUGUGAUGAACGAAGAAGCGAACAACUUGUUAUCCCAAAUCUUGUGGUGGAGCUGAGAAUGGCGAUCCUUCCGGUUAUGCGAGAGCUUUGGGAAUCCUCUCUGGUUGAAAAGGUUGCGGCACCAAUCCUUGCUAAAAUCAUCGACAUUCUCAAGGCUAUCUCACAAGCGGACAAUGAGAGCCAAGCGUACAAACGUACUGACAAGAAUUUGCCUCCAGCACUGUUGAAGUACCAACCCGUGGCUUUUACCUGGUCAACUUUCGCAAAUGUCGUCAAUCAACUCAAAGCGUUGGACUAUGAGGAGGACUUAGCACGAGAGGCCGUUUACAGAGCUAAUGGUCAGAUGUCACAUGCCACCGAAUACUGCAGGGCACACAAAGCAGGGAUUGCCGGUCCUCGUAAUCCAAUCCCCGAAGACCAAACUCCGGACAAGGUUGCUUCAGAUGAGUCCCUGCCAGCAGUUGAGUCAGCAUCGGCUCCUGUUGGUGAAGCUAUGGUCUUAGAUCUGCCAGCCGAUCUGCCCCCGGGACUUCUUGAAGAGGAAAUCCUUGGUGAAUUCAGACAAGUUUCUGCUGAGGUUCCUGGCAGCGGCCAGAACGCCCCCAACCCACUCUCCGACGUACAGAACGGUAACGGGGCCGCUUCAACUUCAACCACUCCAGCUCUGGCAGCCGCAGCCGCAGCCGCAGCCUCUGCAGAGGCGCGCAAGCUCAUACCUAAAGAGGAUUUGGACGCUGAGCGCACAACUCUCCGGACCAACCUCAUUGACAGAUGCUUAGACGUCAUAAGGGCACACCCUGACUCGACUUACGAAGUUUCUGAGCUGAUGUCGGCGGUGGUCUUACGCGGCUCCUCUCAAGAUGAGACCUCGAAACAAGAAAUCGGAGAGACACUAGUGAAUGCUUUGAUGUCAUUUGCACUAGAUGACGACCUCAAGCCUAAUGGGCGGAGCAUUGCCGCUUAUGCCCACCUUCUCUCUCUGCUUCUUCAAGAUCGGGGUUUCUUUCAAGCCACUGUCAGUACACUGAGAGAAAACGUGACUGAAUUGAUGCGUUUCCUGCAGGUCCCUUCUCCGUCCAACGAAGACUUGCCGCCUUGGAUUCCCUACGUUCUCCUCGUUUUUGAGAUUCUCCUCAGUGAUGAUGAGCAACCUGGCGACAUACGAUGGAAAGCCCCGGUAAACGAGGAAGAGCAAAUAGAGAGUCUGCAAUGGCCUUCGAAGGACGUCGUGGUCAAGGAUGAUGACCGUCACAUUCUUCUGGGUGCUGUUUUGGACAUCCUUCCGCGGGUAGGAAAAGAGGAAUCGUUAGCCAUAUCAGUCUUGCGCGUCCUUGUCAUUUUGACUCGAAACAGGGCUACUGCUCGACUCAUCGGCGACAAAAAGAACCUCCAACGCUUAUUCGUCAUGACCAAACAGCUCUCGGGCUUUGGUUCCCAGCGACUUGGCGAGACGCGGAUUUCCUCGUACUUAAUGACGAUCCUUCGACACGUAGUCGAAGAUGAAGAAAUUAUUAAGCAGAUCAUGAGAAGCGAGAUUCGAGCCUUGUUUGAAAACAGUCGAGCUCAACGUGCUCUUGACGUGCCAGGCUACGUCCGCCAGUUGUCCCAUGUUGCUCUCCGAGAUCCGAAACUCUUCGUUGAAGUCUCGAACGAGAUGAUCAGACUCGCACGUUUUACAUUCCAGGAGAACGGUGUCAACCAACGACAACAUGUUGUUCUCAAGGAACAGAAGCCGGAACCCGUGAAAGAUGAUGUUGCACCAACCGUGAGAGCCACAGAAGAUCUAUCGAUUCAGGAUGUCAAACCGUCAACAGAGAACGUGGACAAGCGAAUGGCCGAUACAUCAUUGUCUAAGCCCCCUGAAACCAAACGGCCAAUCCUGGAGAACCCAGACGGCGUCAUACACUUCCUACUCUGCGAGCUACUGAACUAUAAAGAGGUGGAUGAUAAGGAGCCGUCGCAGACAUCAAAGGAAUCCAAGGGUAGCAACGAGCCAGGCCCCUCAGCGUCAAACGGCACUGCUGAUGCCUCUGAAAAUCGGUCUUCCGAGAGCAAAGACAAGAAGGCCAAAGGUUCCUUCAAAGCUGAUGAGCACCCGAUCUUCAUCUACCGGUGUUUCCUUCUGCACUGCCUUACAGAGUUGCUGCAAAGCUACAACCGCACAAAGGUGGAAUUCAUCAAUUUCAAGAGAAGUGCACCGUUGCAGACGAACACUCCGAUCAAGCCACGGUCGAGCGUUCUCAACUACUUCCUGACAGAACUAGUCUGUCCUACACAGCUCGACACAUCUUCUGGGGACUCACUUGCGAACAAGAAGGCAUAUGCCACGGCUGUUCAAGCACAGAAUCUUCUUGUGGCGCUUGUGAGUAAGACUGGCGAGAAGCCCGUGGAUCGCAGUCGUGAGAAACAUGACUACGACGACGAACCGGACCUUCUUUUCGUUCGGAAGUUCGUUCUCGAUACCAUCCUCAAAGCCUACAAAGAUGCGUCAACCUCUAAUGAAGCAUUUGACAAGAGGUAUGCCAGAAUGGUAGCCUUGGCCGAGGUCAUGCACCUAAUGAUGGGUGAGAAGGACAAGGAUUUGCCUGGUUCAACGCGAACCAAUCCCGAGCUAUCGCCCGAACGCUCUUAUGCACAGCUUCGGCGCCUUAUGUACGAAAAGGGCUAUCUUGGUCUUCUCACUGCCUCCAUAGCCGACAUUGACCUCGCAUUCCCUCCGGUCAAGAAAACUAUCAAGUCGAUUCUUAGGGUAUUGCGCAUUCUCACAAGCACUGCCAUACAGUUGAGUCACUCCAAUAUUUUACCCAUAGCAUCAACUGCAGAGAGCAUCGAGGACGAUAUUGCGUCAGCAACGUCCCUAUCGGAUAUGGAGGAGGACCGUGAAGAAACCCCCGAUCUCUACCGUAACUCAGCCCUCGGCAUGAUGGAACCCGGCCGCGACAUGGAGGGUGACUACUCCGAAGAAUCAGAUGAUGAUGAUGAGGAGAUGUACGACGAAGAGUACGGCGAUGACGAAAUGGAAUACGAAGAAGGCUCCUUUGACGGCGAGGAGAACGUUAGCGACGAAGAUGAAGAUGUCGAAGGCAUGGAUCAGAUCGAAGGUUUGCCUGGUGACCUCGGCGUAGUCGAAGUCACCAUGGAAGAAGAAGACGACAUGGAUGAGGACGAUGACGAUGAAGAAGACAUGGACGAAGAUGACGAUAUAGAUGAGGAUGACGAUCUCGACUCGGAAGCCAUGGAUGAUAUGGACGACCGUAUUCAGAUUGUCGAUGACGAUGGCAACCCGCUAGAUGAUGACGGGGCCUCUGCCUGGGAGAGCGAGACUGACGAGGAUGAAGACGAAGGCGAGGACGUCGACUACGAGGGUGAAGCACAGGGCCUCGAAGAGGCCCAGAUGCACGGCCUGGAUGAUGUAGAUGGCCUUAAUCAGUUCAGCGGUUUCAUGCGUGCCAUGCACGAAGAGUACGAUGAGGAAGUCGGCGUCAACCCCAACAAUCCGUACGAAGACGAAGAGGAUGAUGAUGAGGACGAUGAAGAAGACAUGGAUGAUGACUACGGCUUUGAUGAUGACUAUCCUGACGGUGGUCCUCCUCCAAACGCUGCCCUUGCAGCCAUGGGCUGGGAAACACUUGUUAUCAACGACGGCGGCGCCAUGCUCGGCGGCCAUCACCAUCACCGUCAUCGACACGGUAUCCGCAGCCCCUUUCCUCCUGUCCCCUUCAUGAUGGGAGGCCCUCGCGACCCUUUUAGCCACUUUGGCGGUAUGUCAUUCUUAUUACCCGCGACGCGUGCCGGUCUAGCCGCUGGUGCCGCCCUAUCACCUGGGGUAGCCCUGGCACAGCUCCUUGCGCGCAUUCUUGAGACGAGAGCGACGCAGCAGACUGCGCAUGCAAUCCGAAGAGCCAUACCUAUGGAUGCUGACUUCAACGAUCCAGACAUGCGAAACUUUAUGAGAACGACGCAGCGAAGUGAGCGGUCAGCUGGCAAUGAGGACGGGCUCAAUCCGCUUCUCCACCGUGGCAACGAGGCUGGACGGGACUCCGCGUCCCGGUCCUCACACCCUAGUAGUUUUGUUCGUUUGCUCGGCGGCGCGCCGCAUGGGGACAGUCCUCUGUCCAUUAUUAACGACCUGAUUACGUCUCUUCCCCACAUGGGUCGCCACGGACACGCACUUCAAUUCCAGAUCAGUCAGCCAGGUCAUCGGGGUGAUGUCCAGGAAUUUUCUAUGCCAUUUCCCCCUGCGGCUCGAGAAUCUCGAGCCGAGAACCGCCGGGAUGCGUACCAAGAGCCAACUCAAGCAGCAUUCUUCGCCGCGGAUUCGACAAUCAGCAGAUGGCUCGAGGAAGCCAAGAUGGCCUUCAGCGUAAAUUAUGCAGAGAAGGCACACAAGAUCGUGCCCGCCAUCCUUGCAUAUCUUGUCCCUCCUGCCAUUGAACUUGAGAAGCAACUAAAAGCGAAGGAGGCCGAACGCAGGAAGCGGGAAGAGGAAGACCGCAAGAAGCGUGAAGAAGAAGAGCGCAAAGCUAGAGAGGCCAGGGAGGCAGAGGAGAAGGCUGCACGGGAGAAGGCCGAAGCACAAGAGCGCGAGCGUGCCGAAGCUGCUGCAGCUGAACUUGCUGCCCGGGCUGUAACCGAUUCUGUCGCCACGGCCCAAGAUGAAAAAGAAAGCCACACUACGGAAGCCAUGGAAGGUGUUGAGACGGCCAAUGAACCAGAACCAGAGUCGGGGCCAGCCGAACCUGCUGUCGAUCAUCCUCGUGUCAUGACGACAAUCCGAGGCGAACAAGUGGAUGUAACGGAGCUUGGUAUUGACCCCGAUUACCUUGAGGCGCUGCCAGAGGAGUUCAGAGAAGAGGUCAUUGCUCAGACUAUCAGUCAGCGACGUUCCCAAGCUCGUGAGGCUCCUCGACGGACCGGGGAAUCAACCGAAGUCUUCCAAGAAUUCCUCGAUGCUCUCCCAGACGAACUACGCCAAGAGAUUGUCCAGCAGGAGCGGGCAGAGCAACGUAGACGUGAGCGUGAAGAAGCACGGCGACAAAGCGCUGCUGCUGGCCAAGAAGCUGUAGCACAAGAUAUGGAUACCGCCAGCAUCUUGAUGACUUUCCCCCCAGCCCUCCGAGAACAAGUACUCAUGGAUCAAGGCGCAGACAUCAUGGACUCGUUACCUCCGGACAUGGCAGCUGAGGCGCGACGUCUCAAUCGCACUCAUCCCGCCGCCCCCAUGGGACACCGGGAGAGGAACGUCUCUGGCUCUGGCCGUACUCAAGAAGCCGCACAGAGCAGUGGGGCUGCUGAUGGCAACAACAGCAAUGCCAAACCGCAAAGGAGGACAGUCGUGCAGAUGUUGGAUAAGCCCGGUGUCGCUACGUUGCUUCGGCUGAUGUUCAUCAACGUCAAGGGCGGAUCACUUGAGAACUCGCUGAGGCUUCUGUUCAAAGAUGUUUGUGAAAAUAAGCAGACCAGGCUCGAAGUCAUCAGCACCCUGCUGCAAAUCUUACAGGAUGGCACUACAGACGUCGAUGCUGUUGAGCGCAGCUUCGCCCAGCUUUCCAUCAAGGCUAAGCAGCCCAAGGAAACCAAGGACGGCAAGACACCGCAAUCACUAAAACGUGCUUCUACGAAUAUUCUCCCUAGUAACCCUAGCCACACAAGUUCAGAGAUUUCGCCCGUUUUGAUUGUACAGCAAUGCCUGGACCUGCUUUGCUACCUGGCGGAGCACGACGUUCACGUCCCUUCAAUAUUUCUGAUCGAGCAAGAGACGGUGGCCUCGACUUUGAAGCGCACUCUCAGCCGUAAAGGUAAAGGCAAAGAAGCCAAGGCUCAAAAAUAUGCCAUCAAUUCGCUGCUGGCAUUACUCGAUCGCGACCUUGUUAUCGAAAGCUCCGCCAUCAUGGAUAGCCUCUCUUUAGUCUUGAGCAGAGUUACCAUGCCUUUGCUCGCGCUGGACCGGAAGCUCAAGGAGGCCGCUGAGGCUAUCAAGAAGUUGGACAAGCAGAUUGAGGAACCAGUCCAAGAAGAACCUGCUACUGCGGGGACCAUACUCGCUAACGACGAGAUGCAAAACACGGAGAUUUCCUCCGACGUCCCCCAGAUCGACGAAGCAAACGGUGCACCUUCUGGUGAGCAGCCUGCCACCUCUAUUGCUGAGACUACAGCAUCCGACGCGCCCGCUCCUGCUGAAGGCACCGCUACCGAGUCUGCCGCCGACUCCAUUGCCAAAGCACAGGAGCGCAAGCAAUUUAUCUUGAAAAGAAUCAAGCAAUAUAUCCCGCCAGCCAUCCCUGUGCACAAUCUCACCUUGAUCAUCAAGAUCUUUGUCGCUCGCGAGUGUAGCUCCAAGACCUUCAAGGAAACCCUGUCCACCAUCAAGAAUCUCUCAAUUAUACCUGGAGCGAUGGACGUCUUUGGUCAGGAAUUGGCUACUCAAGCACGCAUAUUGAGCGAGAAGAUUGUUGCACACCUGGAUGAGCUUCUACCACACAUUGAGAAGGCUUCGUCCGGCACGGAAAUUCAAGGGGUGGCAUUGGCCAAGUUCUCUCCAGGCGCAGCGGAUCAGAAUAAGCUUCUGCGAGUCCUGACGGCUCUCGAUCACCUCUUCACCCAGAAGAAGCUCGAGUCUUCUGAGGAAUCUGAGCGCAGCAACGAGACUAAGAAACAGGACUUGCUCGCCAUUCUGUACCGCAACCCAACUUUCAACGCUUUGUGGGAGCGACUGAGUGGCUGUCUCGGCGCCAUCCGGCAGCGUGAGAGCCUCAUUAAUGUGGCUACCAUUCUGCUACCACUGAUCGAGGCCUUGAUGGUUGUCUGCAAGGAUACCACUCAGUCAGAGACGCCGAGUCAAAUCCAGAGCCGCACUGAGAUGAUGCUUUCCAGUCCUGCACCUGAAUCCCAGAUGGCCAGCCUCUUUUUCACUUUCACCGAGGAACAUCGCCGGAUACUCAACGAACUUGUUCGCAAUAACCCGUCGCUGAUGAAGGGCACAUUCUCCCAUCUCGUCAAGAAUCCCAAGGUGCUGGAAUUCGACAACAAGCGCAAUUACUUCAACCGCAGCGUGCACAACAAUGGCCGAGCGCCAGGUGCACGGAGCUUCCCUACCUUACAGUUGUCAGUUCGUCGAGAGCAUGUCUUCCACGAUUCUUUCAAGUCGCUUUAUUUCAAGAGUGGUGAUGAAAUGAAGUUUGGAAAACUGAACAUCCGCUUCCACGGAGAGGAGGGUGUCGAUGCUGGUGGUGUCACAAGAGAAUGGUUCCAGGUCUUGGCUCGACAGAUGUUUGACCCCAACUACGCCUUGUUCGUUCCCGUCUCAAGCGAUCGCACAACAUUUCACCCCAAUAAGCUCAGUGGUAUCAACGACGAGCACCUGAUGUUCUUCAAGUUCAUUGGACGCAUCAUUGGCAAGUCCUUGUACGAGGGGCGCGUCCUCGACUGCUACUUCAGCCGUGCCGUGUACAAGCGAAUUCUUGGCAAGCCCGUGUCUGUCAAGGACAUGGAAUCGUUUGACCCGGAUUACUACAAGUCACUCGUCUGGAUGCUGGAGAACGAUAUCACUGAUAUAAUCACUGAGACGUUGUCAGUCGAGGAUGAUGAAUUCGGCGUAACGCGAAUCGAGGAUCUCUGUGAGAAUGGUCGCAACAUUCCUGUCACUGAAGACAACAAACAUGACUAUGUGCGCCUCGUUGUCGAGCACAAACUGCUCAGCUCGGUCAAGGAGCAGAUGGAGCAUUUCUUGAAGGGUUUCCACGAGAUCAUUCCUGCUGAGCUGAUUGCUAUCUUCAACGAGCAGGAACUUGAGCUGCUCAUUUCUGGUUUGCCCGAUAUCGACGUAGAUGACUGGAAGAGCAACACGGAAUAUCACAACUACACGCCAUCAAGCCAGCAGAUCCAGUGGUUCUGGCGUGCACUGCGCUCCUUUGACAAGGAGGAGCGCGCCAAGCUGCUCCAGUUCGUUACGGGAACCAGCAAGGUGCCCCUCAACGGCUUUAAGGAGCUCGAGGGUAUGAACGGUAUCAACCGCUUCAACAUCCACCGUGACUACGGCAACAAAGACCGUCUGCCUAGUUCUCACACAUGCUUCAAUCAACUUGAUCUCCCCGAGUACGAAAGCUAUGAUACCCUCCGCCAGCAAGUCUUGAAGGCCAUUACGGCUGGCAGCGAUUACUUUGGGUUCGCCUAAAGGCUCUCAUAUGCAGGAGGAAUCGGUUACCCCCAUCAAUAAAACACCCCUCAUAUUGAUCACCAUGUAUUGUU